UCAACGCAUGGAAACUUCUCCGAGCCUGUCCGCGGCGCGGGGUCCGCUCUGCUCCUUCGCCCCCUGGCUCUGGCAGCGCUGGGGACGUGGCUGGCAGCCCGCGACUUGAUUUCUCCCGAGCGUCCGCCCCGAGCCCACAGGGGAAAGGGGCGCGCCCCCCACCAUGACUCCGCCGCAAGGCAAAGGGGAUAAAGUGACCCCACCGCCUUAGCCAGAGCAAGCCCCGGCCGGGAGAGGGGGGUGGUCGGGCGCCCUCCUGCGCCAGCAGCCGCCGCGGUGCCUCCCGGGGAGGAGGAGGGGGGGCGACAUGCCAUGGAAGGCCGGGACUCCGGACUGCUGGGCUUGGAGCAAAUGCUAGCGCCUUUCGGGGGCCGCCAGCAAGAGGGGACGGCGCGGCUGCUCCCGCGGGACCCCUGGCGAGGCAGCUCCGCAGAGCAAGAGCAAGAAGGGGCGGCGGCUGCUGCGCUGCCUCUGCAGGAGACUUGGGGCGAGCCGGAGCGGGCCGGAGCCUCUCCCCCGCCGGAGGAUGGGGAGCUGCUGCUGGGGCUGCGCCGCCGCGGCGGGCGGUCCCUGUCGCUGCCCGCUAGCCCCAGCCUGGCGGCCGCCCGGCUCUUCCAGCCGCCCGAGGAGGGCAGCGGGGGCUGCUGCACCAAGUGCAAGAAGCGGGUGCAGUUCGCGGACUCGCUGGGGCUGAACCUGGCCAGCGUGAAGCACUUCAGCGCGGCGGAAGACCCGCAGGUGCCGCCCGCCGUGCUCUCCCGCCUGCGGCGCCUGCCCCUGGAGGAGUUCAGCGCCGCGCUCGGCCUGGGCUGCGGGAGCCGCCCGCCGCCUCCCCUGCAGCUGGUGCCCGACUUCCAGCCCGCCGGGGAGCUGGCGGCGGCCGAGCGGCUGCGGCGGGAGCGGGUGUGCCUGGAGCGCCUGGGCCGCCCCGCGGCGGACCUGGACGUGCGGGGCACCGUGCGGGUGCUGAGCUGCCCGGGCCCCAAGGAGGUGACGGUGCGCUACACCUUCAACGAGUGGCUCUCCUUCCUGGACGCCGCGGCCCUGCCCCUGCCCAGCCCGGAGGGGAGCGACCCCCCUACCGAGCGCUUCCACUUCAGCCUGUGCACCCCGCCCGGCCUGCAGGAGGGCUCCGCCGUACACUUCGCCGUCUGCUACCGCAGCCAGCAGGGCGAGUACUGGGACAACAACGGGGGCAGCAACUACACCCUGCGCUGCUGCCGCCCCGCCCCCGGGGGGUUCCCCGCAGCGCCCAGCACAGACCCCGGCCACGGCGACCCCACCGGGCCCCUCUAUUGAGCGCCGCCCGGGCCAGCCGUGAACCACACCAGCACUACCCAGCCUGGGGCAGCCCCUGCCUUCAGCUUAGCCCGGAAGCAGACCAGCAUUACUCAGCUUGGGGGCAAAAGCAGCGCCCUACUCUGAGCUUAGUUUCGGGGCAGACAAGCCGCCAGUCAGCCAGCGCCUUCCAGGGAGCCUGGGGCCGGCUGGCCACCCAUUGUGCCGAGCCUAAGAUGGGUGGGGUGGGGUAAUAAGCAGCCGGCUAUGAAUGUCCUGCCCUUGAACCCAGAAGGCAAACACGCUGUGCCAAGCCAAGCCUUAGCUGUCAGAUACCACUGCAGUGUCCCAUCCCCUGUAGUUGCACCCUGGAACAACCCUGCACCAUUUUCCCGGGGAGACCUUGCUGGAUAGUCACUGGUUUCUGAGCUUCCCAUUGGAAUGUGGCUUAUUUUGGGACCUCCUACCGUCAGCCUUAAAGUUGUAGAAAAAGCUAGGUCUGACCUGUUAGUUCCGGUAUUGUUAGUUCACCAUUUUUGUGAAGGAAAUGAACUCUCAAGAGCUGCAAGAAAUCAGCACAGUUGCCUCACAUAGACUUUUCUCUUUAAAGUUGUUUAAAGAGAACUGGAAACAAGAUUUUUGUGAUUUAUUUAAAAAAAAAAUUCUCUAACUUGAUGGUGGUGCCUUAUGUGAAGUUUCCUAUUUAAUACAUUGAAUUUAAGGAGAGAACUUUAAAUCCAGUGUUGUGACUGUGCUAUGGUUAUGCAUUAGGCAUUUUUCUUUGGAUUGACAGAUAAUGCACACACUUUCCCUUUUAUGGGUAUGUAGGCAUUUCCUAGAAACAGGGACAGAUGUAGGCAAAAACUGAGUUGUUGUUGUUGUUGUUAUUAUGACUUGCAGAAAUCCAGCUCUUUUUUGAGAGGGAGAACUGGGCGAGGGUCAGUCGCCAACCCCCAUAAUUCUUAAGUCUUGAUUCUACAAACACAUGGGUUCAAAAAAGAAUUGGAUAAGUUCAUGGAAAAUAGGUCCAUCAAUGGCCAUUCCACACUUCGGCUGUCCCUAGCCUCUGAUUGUCAGAAGCUGAGAGUGGAUGACAGGAUGGAUCACUUGAUGAUUGCCUAUUCAGUUCAUCCCCCUCCGACACACAUGGCAUUGGCCGCUGUCGAAAGACAGGAGGAUACUGGGUUAGAUGGACUAUUGGUCUGACCCAGUAUGGCUGUUCUUAUGCUUAACUUUACUCAUGUGAUUAGUCAGUGAGGCUACUCAAGCACUUAAAGUCAAGCACAUAUGUCUUUGCCAGACCGUGGAGGAAUUUAAAGGCUUAAGUUCAGUCAGUACUCUUCACACAUUCAAACGAGGGGCCUAAUUCUUUCACCCCCUUCCAAAAGCAACAUAAUAAGACAGCAGUCUUCCACUUUAUUUUUAAUUUAAUGGAGUCCAUAAUAUAAUUUUCAUGAGUGUGAGCACUUUCUGGUUUACUUGAGUGUCCCGUCUUUGCUGUAGUUUUGGAGGCCCUGAAUGAUGGAAAAUAUCCUUCUUUCCUUGUAAGUUAGUGCUCUUUAACAUUGUUCAAUGGCUAAUGCACUUCCCACUUACCACAGCCUUUUUUUAUAAAGUUCAUGUGUAACUCUGGCUAAUCUUUGUUAAAAUAGAGUCUUGCCACACACAUGCGCGAGUUGCUUUUUCCUCUUAAUGAAAGAUCUAGAAAUUUUAAAUAGUGAUGGUUUUUCUAAUGGUAUGUCUACGCUACCAGUACGAGAGCAGCACAGCUGCUGUUACACCUCUGUAGCACUAUAGUGAAGGAAGGAGUUUCUGUUGCUGUAGUAUAUCCACCACCCUCGAGAGGCACUAGGUAGGUUGACAGAACAAUUCUGCUGUCAAUCUUGCUGUGCCAACAGAGUCGGUUAGGUUGACCUAACGACAUCACACAGAUGUGAAAUUUUCAGUAGUAUGAUGGAUUUUUGUACAAUUUGGCAUGGGUAAAUAUCUGUUAGGGAUCACUACCUGAGGAAUGAUUUUAUGAAGUAGAGUCAGGUCUUAGUUUUCCAUGGUCCUCACUAAUGAGUGAAAAUAAAUGGUUUCCUUCAACCCUCUUCAUGCAAUAUUCAUAACCACAUUUCUGUAGGUGUUUAUAGUACCUUAUUUUGUUUAGUAUGAAAGCAUGUGUUCUAAGUGUCAUUUGUCAGUACACAUUUGUAAGAGACCCCAUUCGCUAACAUCUAAGCAGUGUAACAAGAUAAGUAGCAUGGAAAAGUACAACUUUUUACAUUUAGAUGACUGAUAUAAGUUGUUUAAGUGCAUGGAGCUGUAAUUUUUAGAACUAGAUGCUCCAAGGCUUGUCUACAUUAUAGAAAGCUAAUUUAAUGGAAUACUCAAUUACAACGUGAUAGUGCCCUCUAAAGGUUAAAACACAGUUUGAUUUUGCAGUGUAGACAGGGUCAGACUUUGUUAGUGAAUCACACUAUAACCUUGGACUUUGCAGGUCUGUAGGCAGCAUUCAGGGUGAUGGCUAAAACAUGGUUUAAUCCUGUCUGAGCCACAGGACUAAAUCAUGGUUCACCUAUGUUAGGGUACUACAAUAUUGUAAGCACCUACCAUGACACAUUAGAUUUUCAGUGUGUAUGAGGCCUUUUUAGCAUAACGAAAACACAAUUCCAUUGAAAAUUGAUUACUUGAACGUUUCAUUACUCAACUUGACCUAUAUUAUUGUGAUACAGUACUUCAAAAUGUGUUUGAGGUUGUACACAGUAAGUUGUAUAAAUAUAAACUGAAAAAGAAAUCCCAGUAGUAAUUCUACAAGUUAUGUAUAAAUAUGCACAGAGUCCAUAUAUUUUAAAAAGGAAAACAGUGAAAUGGUUUACUGUCCCUGAUACAUUACAUUUUUAUAAAAAUAUGUAGUAUAAACAGGAUACUACAUGGGAAAAUGUGAGCUGAUUUAGUUUCUUAAGAUGGCAAAGACAUAAAACAUUAGAUUGUUAGUACUUGAAAUGUAUGCUAUUACAGCUGAGGUAUGAUGUUAAAAGUAUUGAGCCCAAUUCUUUGCUGAAUUACAGCAUAAAAAAAUAAAAAUAUAUUUUUUAAACUAUUAAAGGUCAAAUCUAGCCUAUGCUGGGGGAGGGAGGGGGGGAGGGAGGGUGGGAGAGAGUAGAGAUGGUAGCUGGUAUGUCAAAGAGUCCUGCUGUCAGGGCAAGAUUAUUCACAACAGGCCAGAAUGUUCUCUGGUAUGCAACAGACUCUGGCAAAGUUUUUCAGAGUUGGUCUCCAAAAUGUCAAAACUUUCCAGAACACUAACUUAACAUCCCAUACCUUAUACUUAUUCAAAUAGGAAAAGAUAGGUAUUCUUGAUCUGUUCUUCCCUGGUUUUGCUGGCGUCCCAGAUACAGAUUGGGAACUGUCUCAACUCCCAAGUAAAGCAGUUAGGGUGCUGAAUGAGUUAUAGAUAUUUAACAAGCAUUUUAAAAGUAUGAAUAAAAAUCACUUACCCUCUAAAUUAAUGAUGUUUUAUAUCGAUGGUAUAUGUGAUAUUAUGAGCUCACCAGUUGUCCAGUCAGCCAUAUAGCCUUUCAGGAAAAACAGGGUAGACUGUGUAACUGUUUAAAACAAAAAGCGAAGAACUUUUUUGUCUUCCUCUAAACGUCAUAAAGGACCAACUCAAGAAAGCUAACUUUUACCUUUGCUGGUCACCUUUAGAGUAAAAAUCCCCCCCUCUCCUCCCAGCCAAGUAGUCUAAAACUUCAAGAUGUGAGAAGCACUGUUCUCCAUGACUAAAAUGCUAAAUAUUUAAAAGUACUUUUUAAAUUACAGCUAGCAUAUCUGUACCUACCUACAAUCUUGCUACCACUACUACUUAAAAAAAAAAAAUCCUUCUCCUGCUUUGACAAUAGACAAGACACUUUUUUCAAUAAUAAAGCGAAAAUGCUUUUUUUGAAAGUAAAAAUAGGAUGGGGACUGUCUCUCUAAUGAGUCACACAUGCUCAAUUUUCAACAAGACAGUAUGUUGCACAACUAUCAGCUGUGGAUUUCAAAGCACUUUUCAAAGAUUGCAUCAGCAUGAUUCUCUGCAUUCUCACAGAUGAGGUAACUGAGGCCUACAGAGAUAUAGUGACUUGCCAAAGAUUGCCCAAGAAGUCAGUGUCAAAAACAGAGUUAGACUCUGGGUCUGAGUGCUAGAACCUAUGCAUAAUCCCUGGACGUUAGUGCUACUGGUAUAUGUAAUAAGUUCAGAUUGGAUAGGUAUAUUUAUUAAAAAUCAAGUAUUUCUAACACCAUAAACUCUGAUGGUGAGACUAAGCAAAAUGGUAAUUGGGCUUAAAUGUCGAUAUGUCAAUGUCAACACACUGUAUCACCAUAAGAUAUCUGUUGCAGUAUGUGAAGAUUUUCUAAAAAACUAAUUGAAAACAUGAACUCUUAGAGGUUGUAAGAAUGUUUGGAAAAACUCCAGUUCUGUGGAUCUACAGUACUGUAUGUGUAGAUUUCUAUGGUCCCUGUGGAUUAGACAAGGUUUUCGAGGAUUAAAGGAAGAAAUAUAACCAAAGGCUUUUAUAGACAUUUGUAAAACAACAAAUAGUGAUCUGGGUGUUUUUUUUUUUUAAAGGUCAGAUUAAAUUGCGUGGGCAUGAAGGAAACCAAACUUAAUGCAUGUUAAAUUUGGUUUAAGCAAUUUGAUUUUUGCAGCAUAUAGGAAACAUUUAUUGUUCGUUAUUUGUAUAUUUAAAUACACUCAGUAGGAAACUUCUAAUAGUUAUACAUGAUCAAGAGGGUAUACAUGAUUAAGAUGGGUUGAUAGAAGGGUAGGAAUUUCAGAAAGAUAUUAUGAAGUUAAACAUAGUUUAGUGCUGUCAAGGUCUGCAUGUAACUUACACCUGCUACCUUUAAAGUAUCAAUUUUGAAAGGCCUGGGCUUUCAGUCUGAACUCUAAAGGCUGGAUUCUGCUCCUGUUUACGUCAGUGGGACCUGGAGCUGGACCAGUGUAUUGAAUGAAGGUAGUGGAGAUGAUCUGGACCAGAAUUCUUAGUUAAAAUCUGAUUACCUGUUUGGUCUAUUUGAAAAUUGCUACCCAAUGCAGGUCUAUGGUAAUACGAAAUUAUCAGGAAAAUUCACCUGUCCAAGUACAAAAUGUAUUUGCCUGCCCUUUAGCACGAUAAUGAAAGACCUUUAAUACUUGUCUGUUUAAAAAAAAAAAAAAAAACAACAACUUGUUCUUAGUGAGCAGAAUUUCCAAAGGCUGGUAUAAAUAUUUUAUGUACUUUUUUUCAAAAGAAGUCUUGUAAAUUCCUCACAGGUCUUCAUAGUUCUCUUAUUCUGGAUUUAGAACAGUAAUCAUUUGAAUGCAUAAUUUAACCCCCAAAUUCUCCCUCAGAAAACUGCAGUACUUAGGGGGUUUAAAAAUAGCAUAGAUAAGUAGAAUAGGAAGAUGCAUUUCCUCUAAAAUAUUAAUAUUUCAUCAACCUAUGGAAUCUACUAGGUAUUUCAAAAGCACCUACCACUAUGGUAUCUAAGCACUGUACAAUUUUGAGAGUUCCAAAUCUUUUCUUUAGAUUAGUGGAAUAUGUUCAUUUUAAGGAGAAAGUGGAUUUAUUUCCCCUUUUUCCCUCAGAUUGAAUAACUAUGGCCCACAUUUCCCCCUCCCUUUAAAAAUUUUUUUUUUAUAUGUAGAGGAAAAAAGCAACAUGUUCUAAGUGGGUGAAAGAAUUCUUUUCUUCCACUGGAAUGGCCAGUGGGGUAGCUGCCCUAAAUUAAUGGCUCUCCCAAGAUCUAUGGAGAUUCAGCUGCCCUGCUAGACGUCUGUUCCAGGCAGUGUGGUUCGUCCCUCCUCUCUUCCUUCCCUGUGGCUGCACAGUAGUGCCUCCUAGGUGGAGCUCACAGGUGCUAAUGCUGCUUCCUGUAGCAUUAAUAUGCACUCUAAGAGUGAAAUUCUGCACCAUUUCAGUCAAUGGGCAUUUUGCCACUGACUUAAAUGAGGCCAGGAUUUCACCCUAGAUAUCUAUGGAGUGAGCAGGGGAACUUUCCGAGGUUAGCCAUUCCCUCUCAAUUCUGUCCUACAUACAUGUGGAGAAAUGGAGGUCCUUGCCAGAAGUUAGUGGAGGUGCUUCUGCAAAGUGUUAAGGAGGUGUGGGCGUGUGGCGGGAAGCGUGCUGUGGAGCUGGUGCUUCUAGCCUUCCACAAAAACAUACUGUCCUGUGCCUCUUACAUGUUAGGAGGCACAAGUAAUGCUGUUAAUGACAUGCAUUAGGCUAGAAAUAGUUGGUACAGUUUUGCUAGAGCAGUGUCAGUUUAACAUCUCUAUGUUGAUGGCUUGUUUAAACAAGAACAGUAUAUGUGAUCAGCAACUAAAAACGUUUGUAUGUAACCUCAGGUCUGCUUCACCUUACCGUGGCCAUACCGCUGGUAUUUCCAGGCCUUUUAAAAUUGAUCCUCUAAAUGUAGUAAUGGUUGGUUUCAGAGUAGCAGCUGUGUUAGUCUGUAUUCGCAAAAAGAAAAGGAGGACUUGUGGCGCCUUAGAGACUAACCGAUUUAUUUGAGCAUAACCUUUCGUGAGCUACAGCUCACUUAAGCUUAUGCUCAAAUAAAUUGGUUAGUCUCUAAGGUGCCACUAGUACUCCUUUUCUUUUUAAAUGAAGUAAGAUUGUCUAAUCAGAUGUCAACAGGGUUGUAGAACUCCCUGUCCUUUAGACCAGUGCUUCUCAAGCUAUCUGAUGUGGGGGACAGGCAAUUAUUUUUCCCAAUGUGCGCGCAGACCGGCAGCCAAUGGCUCGCGGACCACCACUUUGAGUAGCACUGCUUUAGACAGUUAUCAUGUUAGGGAAGUUCAGAGGUUGUCUUCUGCUCUCUUUCAGAAUAUUGUUUGCAUUUUUCUAUUAAAAGCUCUUAUUUGACCUUUGAUAUAUGUAAAGAGCCAAAUUUUGGAGCAUGAUAACUGAGCCACAUCAUUUCCAAAUCAAUAAAGUCAAAGGUUGCUGAGAUCAGGGAAAGCUGAAGGUAAACGUGUGAAGCAAAUGAUCUUUCAGUGUAAUACUACAAAAAUUAGUAUCUUACUAGGUAAUUUUAAGAAUUAUCACAGAAUUAGUAAGAGUUCUUAACAUUUUCCUCUGCUGUAAAUCAGAAACAAAUAUCCCUUUUAGAAUAGGGGGACAUUAAAUUAAAUCACUGGGAUUCCUUUUACUGACAAUGUUCACAUUUAUAUUGUUUACAUUGCUCAGACAAAAAUCCAGUAAACAAUUUCAUGGAUAACUAGUGAAAAUAGAAUAUAAAAAAGGGUAUUUUUAAAUGAGCAGUGUAAUUUAUACUAGGUUUUCCUUCCAUAUUCCAUCAUUUUAAAGAGCCAAGUGAAGUACAGUAGUACAUUUUCAUUCCAUAGUUGAUAGGAUUACUUUCAUACAUAUUUGACAAUAGUUUUUAUAUACAGGGGAUAUGUUAUCUCAACAAAUGCAAUACUAAUCAUCAUGCAUUAACAGACAAUAUUAAUGGGUCUCUUGUUCCAGUCAUGUGUAACAGAUUUGCACAUGCUACUAUCAUUCAUAUUAAUAGAAGAUACACAUACUGUGCAUCAGUAGGGAAACAGACAUUCCUGUUGUCGACACGAGCUCCAAGGAGCAUCCUUAAAUGCACUAAUUGUGUUGCAAUUUACAAGUAAUCAUUGUACUAGAUUAUUUCAUUUUCUAACUUUGCACCUUAUUAAAUAAAGUAAUUUUAUAUCUUUUAUAUAACUGAAGUUGGUUAGUGCUUAAGGAUUGAACAGUCUCCUUAGGUAAGCUUAGAAACUAAGUAAUGUAGUCAUGCUGUAUAAGAAGCCCAUGGAUAACUUCUUGAAGUCUUAUGUAACUGAUUCCUCAAAUGAGAAAAUAAAAUGAGCCUUCUCAACCUA